AUGGGCUCCCAAGGGGUGGAAGCACCAAUGGAUACUUUCCGUACGCUGCAAUCCAUAUGGGCCGACAUUCUGCAACAGGAUAUGUUGUCCAUUGGACCAGAUGCGAACUUCUUUCAACUGGGGGGUAAUUCUAUUCUAGUAAUGCCCCUGGUUGCGCAUGCCCGAGCCCAUUCCAUUGAUAUCGGUUCUGCAGACGUUCACCAACUCCAGACCUUGUCGGCCAUUGUUGCAAAGGCCAGGUUACGAAGUGUUCCUCCACCUCAGUCCACCUCGCCAGCAGAUGACGUCGAUGUUACUUCUAGUCACAUUACGCCGGAUGUCCGCCUCGUCUCGCUGGAACUGGGAAUCCCCGAAGGAGACAUUGAAAAGGUCCUCAAGGCGACCAACUUCCAAAGCUACUGUCUGGCACAGACUUUCUCUCCAUCCCGUGGCUGGCUGAACUUUUUCUCUUAUGACCUCCACGGCAGCAUCGAUGUGAAGCAAUUGAAAUAUGCCUGCCAUGCCUUGGUGCAACGGCACGAAGUUCUGCGUACUCGGUUCGUUGCUCUCCACGGCUCUGUCCAGCAAGUAAUUCCCCGAUAUCGAGCAGAAGAUGUUCAAUUUCAGGUACUUGAAGGGUUUAGCGAGAUGCACAGUCUCGGUCCCUUAGCCAGUCUAGUUCACAGUGAUUCUGCUCCCUCUUUGAAUGAUGUUCUGGUCCGUUUCGUGCUUCACAUCGUCCACCCGGGCCAUGUUCGUCUCACGAUGCGAAUCUCUCAUGCUCAAUAUGACGGACUCAGCAUGCCUAUCAUUCUCAAGGACCUAAACGCGUUAUACAAUACGAUUGCCUUGGACCCUCCUGCAAGGUUCUCGGAGUAUGUGGAGGAAAGCGAGCGACUGCUUUCCCAGAACGAGCACGCCCAGCAGUUCUGGUGUCAGCUGCUGCAAGGAUCACAAGUCACCCCCAUCGUGGUACGCAAAAAAUUCUCCUCGCACUCGCCACAGCAAGACUAUCCCCUCGAUCAGACCACAAUCCGGACUAUUCGCCUGCCACGAUCAACUUCCGACGCCUCCACCACUCCGGCCACGAUCAUCAAGGCCGCCUGGGCACUCGUGCUCGGCCGUCUCUCGCAACGUCAGGACGUAGGCUUCGGCCACUUGACCAACAUUCGGCCCAGCUUGGAUCAUCUGCCAGCCAUUCAUGAGGUUGUUGGUCCCUGUCUCAAUGUGCUUCCUGUACGCGUCCAGCUUCAGCCGAUUAGCGCACGAAGGGAGCUGCUGCAUGCGAUUCAACAGCAAUAUAUAGGUGCCUUGCCCCAUUCCAUGUUAGGCUUCCGCGAGAUCAUUGAUCACGGCACACAACGGCCGCCAUCCACCCGAUUUAGUUCCAUCCUGCAAUACCAAAACUUGCACCAGGAUCUGGACAGUGUUCUCCUUGGCGGGGCUACGGGGAGUCUCGAAGCUUAUGUACCUGCCUCUGACGCUGCCGACCUAUGGAUAAUGGUAACUCCAACGGACAAGUGUGGUGCCGAGAGACUGCAUGAGAUCAAACUGAGCUACAGCACCGCAACUAUUCUCUCUUCCGUUGCAGAUCGCAUUCUCGACGAAUUUGACGAUGCGAUUUCACUCCUCCAGGCCCCUCAUGUCUCCGAUGACGGAUUCCAAUUACAUACUUACUUCGACCAGACCGCGCCCGAAUCCCCACCCACUCUUCCGAUCGACAGGCAACUCGAGGGAACCGACUUGCCGCCACGCGCCGCAAUCAUCGCCGCUGUCAAAGGCAUAUGGGAGCAGGUGUUUGGCCCGCAGUUCCAUCGUGAGGAUACCAAGAUGCGCAAGGAGGAGUGCCGGGCGAUGCUGCACACCCCUUUUGGGCCAGGUCCGGUGAGCGCCGCGCAACUGUCGCUGCUCUUCCAGCAGGCCAGGGUGGAAAUCUCACCGGCAGAGGCGGCCGAGUAUCCGAUCAUCUUCCAGCAGAGCCUGCUUUGGGGCUACAAGAUGCGAGAGGAAAGUCGCUGA